UCAGGGCAUGACUUUUGGGGUAGGAUCAUACGGAACGAAUCCUCUCUCCCGCCAGCAGAGCUCUUCAAUCUCAAGAUUCUUCUGGAAUUAGGGUUUUCUGGUAUACUCCAUGCUUUAGCUCAACGUACUUUCUGAUUCAUACCACUGCGGAAAUGCGAGUUCUUGGCGACAUCGCGGAUUCUCAGUUUUCGAUUCCACGGCUAAGCCCUAAUUCGACGGCAACCGGAGACGGACGCAGCGGAUUUAUAGUGGAAUGGGUCGACAGUUGCCAUGGGUUCUUACAUAACUCGGUUCUGGUGUCGGCUUCUCUUCUCUUUGUCGCUUAUUUAGCGUACGAGGCGAAGAAGAGCUUGUCAAAGCUGUCGAAUCGGAGAUCUUACAUCAUGAUAGCUUAUUACGCUUGUCUUUGGAUCGUUAGUUUGCUCAAUCUCGCUUGGUGUUGCCUCCAGGCAUGGGAAUGCACUCCUGGGAAGGAAGUGAUUUGGAAUCUAUUAUCUCUGUUCACGACAUCGGGAAUGCUAUUUCUGGAAGUAAGCUUGGUGGCCUUUCUCUUCCAAGGUAACUAUGCAAGCGGAGUGGAAGCACUUACACGAACUUUUCUCAUCUCGGGUCUUAUUGUAGGCCUCGAUUUGCUCUUCAAGGCAAUUUACCUAUUUGGGUUUGGUGUCCCGUUGUUUAUAGACAACACUGAGAAUAUACAAAAGUUCAAAUGGGGCUUAUGGGUCAUUCACAAGCUGCUUCUCACAGGUGUUUAUGGGAUGAUAUUUUUCAUGUACAACUCUAAAUGGAGAGAAAGAUUACCGGCAAGACCUGCAUUCUACAAGUAUGUAGCCAUCAUGCUUGCCUUAAAAGGGCUCUCUCUGUUUGCCUGUGCACUAACAGCGAAUGGAGCUAGUUUCGGAUUCUGGUUGUAUGGGAUAGCAAGUGUUUGCUACCAUGCCUUCUAUCUUCCUCUUCUGUAUGUUACUUUUCUGGCAGACUUUUUCCAGGAGGAAGAUCUGAACUUGGAGAAUGUGUACUACUCAGAGAUGAAGGAUGCUGGGUUCUUCGACUCUGAUUGGGAAUAAUAACAAAGGGCCGUCUCUUGAUUUCCGAAUCUGUAAGUAGAAGGUGAAUACUGACCGACCUCUAGGGAGGGAUCAUGAAUAUGCAGCCUUUUUUGUUGUUGUUGUUGUGGGUCUAGUCCUUUUCUUAUGUAGGAAGAAACUAAGGAGUCUUCUUUGUAAAUCUAAAACGUAAAAAGACACUAAAUUUAUGAAUAAAAGUUCAGGUAAAAGUGUUUGAAA